GCGUAGAGUGGGGUUAAGCCAUGACUGGUUGAAUCAGUUGAAAAUAAUGAUUAGAAGUGAAACAGUCUCAGUGUUCUCCCUGCACUUAGAGUUGUAAGCACGUGACCCUAUUGGAUCAACAAACGAAUAGAUUAAAUGAGUGAUGAAAUGGAGGACAACGAGAUGGACCAAUUCUGUGGCUCAACUUUUUGGGAUUACAAUCGCGCCUGGAACACGACAGAUCCAGAUCUAACUCCAUGCUUUCAAAAUACGGUGUUAGUCUGGGCUCCCUGUGGAUUUCUCUGGUGUUUCUCCUUCCUGGAGGCUUAUUAUUUGAUAAACAGCAAGCGAAAAGAUGUACCAUGCACGUGGAAAUUCAUCGCCAAAUGUCUACUUACGGCAAUACUUAUUGUACUUAGCAUUACGGAUUUGGGAGUGGCUAUACAUCACAGUAGUUUACAAACAGUGUACAAAGUUGACUAUUACACACCAUUCAUUAAGUUUGCUACCUUCGCAUUGGCAGCAGUUCUUCUACAUUACAAUAGAAAAAUGGGGAUGAGAACUUCAGGAUUGCUCUUUUUAUUCUGGUUCUUCCUCGCACUAUGCGGCAUUGUACAGUUUAGGUACGUCCUCAGGAAUUCCGACAAAGAUAGUUACUCGAACAUAUCAUAUAUGAUAUAUUAUCCAAUCGUUGUGGCACUCUUCCUCCUUAAUUUUCUCGUUGACGAUAAACCGAAGUUCUCCGAAUAUGCCGAGGUUGAUCGACCGUGUCCAGAGCAAAGUGCCUCAUACCCUUCAAGAAUGACAUUCGCUUGGUUUGAUGCGCUGGCAUGGAGAGGCUUCAAGAAACCUCUGGAAACAUCGGACCUGUGGUCCAUGAACCCGGAAGAUACUGCCUCUGAGAUUGUCCCCAGGUUCGACAAAUAUUGGAACAAGAGUGUACAAAAGUGUGACAACAAUCAAUCAGCGAAGGCGUCCUUCGAAAAGGCCUCUGGUCAGGUAAACUUCGACAGUGGCCGCAAAAAGAAGAUGGCUUCGAUUCUGAUUCCCCUGUGCCGUGCAUUCGGGCCGACGUUCAUAUUCGGUGCCUUCUUAAAGCUCUCCCAAGACAUAAUGAUUUUCAUCGGGCCACAGGUGUUGAAGUUAUUGAUUAAAUUUAUGGAGGGUUCAGAGCCGACGUGGAAGGGCUACUUCUACGCAGUCCUUCUGUUCUUCACAGCAGUGAUACAGACAAUAGUGCUCUCGCAGUACUUCAACCGAAUGUUUAUCGUGGGCCUGAGAAUCAGAACAGCCCUGAUCGCAGCUAUCUACAGAAAAGCCCUGCGAAUGUCGAAUUCCGCUCGGAAGGAAUCAACAGUCGGUGAGAUAGUGAACCUGAUGUCAGUGGAUGCCCAGAGAUUUAUGGAGCUGACAGCCUACAUAAACAUGAUCUGGUCAGCCCCUCUGCAGAUAGCUCUUGCUCUUUACUUCCUCUGGGGCAUCCUAGGGCCCUCUGUCCUAGCAGGUCUGGCUGUAAUGAUAAUUCUCAUCCCAGUGAACGCCCUCAUUGCCAGCAAAGUGAAAAACCUCCAGAUAAGACAGAUGAAGAGCAAGGACGAGCGAGUUAAAUUGAUGAACGAAGUACUUAAUGGAAUAAAAGUUCUUAAGCUGUAUGCCUGGGAGCCCUCCUUCGAGCAGCAGAUCCUCGACAUCAGGAACAAGGAGCUAAAGGUGCUCAAAGAGGCUGCAUACCUUAAUGCAGGCACCAGCUUCAUCUGGUCAUGCGCUCCCUUUCUAGUCUCUCUCGUUUCGUUCGCCACUUACGUUUACAUUGACGAGAAUAAUAUCCUGGACAGUAGCAAGGCCUUUGUAUCUCUCAGCCUCUUCAACAUCCUGAGAUUUCCCCUCUCGAUGCUGCCUAUGAUGAUCGGAAAUGUCGUCCAAGCAUCCGUUUCUGUCAAGAGGAUCAAUAUCUUCAUGAAUAAUGAAGAGCUGGAUCCCAAUAAUGUCCAUCACGAUCAGUCCGAGGCUGAUCCACUGAUUAUUGAAAAUGGAAACUUCACGUGGGACUCUGCAGACUCUACAGAGAAGCCCACCCUGAGGAAUAUCAAUGUUUCAGUUAAACACGGUCAACUGGUUGCCAUCGUGGGGACUGUUGGGUCUGGCAAGAGCUCUUUGGUUUCUGCAUUCUUCGGGGAAAUGUAUCGUCUCAGUGGAACUGUCAAUACUCAGGGAUCAAUCGCUUAUGUGUCGCAGCAGGCGUGGAUUCAGAAUGCCACAAUGCAGGAUAAUAUUCUCUUUGGCCGACCCUUUGACAAAGUUCUUUAUAACAAGGUCAUUGAGGCGUGUGCACUACUCCUUGAUCUGCAGAUGCUACCAGCUGGUGAUCAGACAGAGAUUGGAGAGAAAGGGAUCAAUCUGUCUGGAGGGCAGAAACAAAGGGUCGCACUUGCUCGAGCUGUUUACAGCAACAGUGAUGUCUACUUCAUGGAUGAUCCUCUGAGUGCUGUUGACUCUCAUGUGGGGAAACACAUCUUUGAGAAUGUCAUCGGACCCAGUGGACUACUCAAGAAGAAGACCAGAGUUCUCGUUACACAUGGCAUCACGUACUUACCUGAGGUGGAUAAUAUUGUGGUACUUAAGGAUGGAGAGAUCACUGAGUCUGGUACUUACAAGCAGCUGCUCGAGAAGAAGGGAGCUUUUGCUGAUUUUUUGAUACAGCAUCUCCAAGAAGUGAGAGUAGAGGACGACGAAGAGACAGACUUGACUGAGAUAAAACAGCAAUUGGAAUCGACAAUCGGUUCUGAGGAGUUCAAGCAAAAAUUGACUAGAUCACGUUCGAAAUUAUCGAUGACUCACAGUGAUUCUGGAUCGGUGGAUCAACGAUCGUUGAAUGGAUCUUUACGUCGACAACAAUCAACUGACAGUCAGAGAUCUGGCUCUCUUGCUAAGAUCACUAGCUUCAAGGAUAACAAACAUAAUGAAGGAAAAGCUGGUGAGAAGCUUAUUGAAAUCGAGAAGACAGAAACUGGAAGUGUCAAAUUGAGGGUGUACGCCCAUUAUCUGAAAUCCAUCGGCUGGUUCCUGUCUAUUUCCACGAUAAUCAUGAAUGCAGUCUUCCAAUCGUUCAGUAUUGGCUCCAACGUGUGGAUCAGUGAGUGGUCUGACGACGAUACGAUAGUCGUCAAUGGCACACAGAACACGUCGAAACGAGACAUGUACGUCGGGGUUUACGCUGCACUGGGUCUGGGGCAAGCGGUUACGAGUUUUUUCUGCGAUUUGGCACCUCAGCUGGGCUGCUGGCUGGCUGCACUUCAGAUGCACUUGGUAAUGCUUAAUGGGGUGAUGCGGGCAUCACUGACCUUCUUUGAUACAACACCCACAGGUCGAAUUAUCUCCAGAUUCGCUAAAGACGUCGACGUGCUGGAUACAUCACUCCCCCAACAAAUUUCCGAUAGCAUCUAUUGUCUCUUCGAGGUAAUUGCUACACUCGUAGUAAUAAGCUACAGUACACCUGCCUUUAUAGCAAUUAUAAUACCUAUUGGAGUUAUCUACUAUUUUAUACAACGAUUUUACGUUGCAACUUCGAGACAGCUGAAGCGACUGGAGUCUGUCUCCAGGUCACCGAUUUAUUCUCACUUUGGUGAAUCUGUCACUGGGGCCUCCACCAUCAGAGCUUAUGGAGUGCAAGACAGAUUUAUACUUGAAUCAGAAAACAGAGUGGAUUUUAAUCAAGUCUGUUAUUACCCAAGUAUCAUUGCAAAUAGGUGGUUGGCAGUGCGUUUGGAGAUGGUGGGUAAUCUGAUAAUCCUGUUCUCCGCACUAUUUGCGGUUGUCGGACGAGAGACAUUGAGCGCCGGUCUCGUGGGUCUCUCCGUGAGUUACGCCCUGCAGAUAACCCAGACCCUCAAUUGGCUGGUCAGGAUGACCUCAGACGUGGAAACAAAUAUAGUUGCUGUGGAGAGGAUAAAGGAAUACGGUGAUACACCCCAGGAGGCACCCUGGGAGAUCCCGGACAAAACUCCCCCCAAGGAAUGGCCCGCGGAAGGUCGAGUUGAAUUUCGGGACUUCAAGGUUCGCUACAGGGAAGGACUUGACCUUGUUCUCAAGGGUAUAUCCUUCACUGUAGAUGGUGGCGAGAAGAUUGGUAUUGUCGGAAGAACAGGUGCUGGAAAAUCUUCACUGACACUCGCCCUCUUCAGGAUAAUCGAAGCUGCCGAGGGGAAGAUUAUCAUCGACGAUAUCGAUAUCGCCACUCUGGGGCUUCACUCCCUGAGAUCGAGACUCACAAUCAUCCCCCAGGAUCCUGUCCUCUUCUCUGGAAGUCUCAGGAUGAAUCUCGAUCCCUUCAAUCGACAUGGGGAUGAGGAUGUCUGGAGAGCUCUCGAGCACGCUCAUCUCAAAGCAUUUGUCACGAGUCUACCCAAUGGCUUGUCUCAUGCAGUAUCAGAGGGUGGUGACAAUUUGAGUGUUGGCCAGAGACAGCUCAUAUGUCUCGCCAGGGCACUCCUCCGAAAGACAAAAAUUCUUAUAUUGGACGAAGCCACUGCCGCUGUUGAUUUAGAAACUGACGAUCUCAUUCAACGAACAAUCAGGGAAGAAUUCAAAGAAAGUACAGUGCUCACUAUUGCACAUAGAUUAAAUACCAUCCUCGACUCUGAUAGGGUUAUCGUCCUUGAUAAGGGGUACAUGGUGGAAUUCGAUUCACCCCAUUCUCUCCUUCAAAAACCCACCAGCAUAUUCUACGGUAUGGCCAAGGAUGCUGGAUUAGCAUAGAGCUAUUAAAGAAUUCGUCAAUAAAACGUUGAGCAUUCAUCACUUCAUCUUGCUCCUCAAUUAAUUUCCAAAAGAAUAAUUUGCAUUUCAUUUAAAUCUGCCGUUUUUAUCUUGACGUUAUCACAUUUAUCUUCGCCCUCGCAGAAAUCGAAUGAAUUGUCACGUGAAUGGAAAAUAAAUUGAUGAAAUAUCUCUGAGUGCUCAAGACGUUUGUGCAAGGGCGAAAAGCAGAAAUGGUAUUUUCAAUUAUUCAAUUGAAUUACUCACGAUACUGCCAUUUACUAUAACCAGUUUGUUUGAAAUUUUUCAUAUUUUUUUACUAACUUAAUGCACUCACUGAAUUCAUCGUUUCGUCAAUUAGUGUUUAUGUAAUUUUCAAUUGUUCACGUAAAUUAUAGAAUUAUUGCCACAUAAUGAUAACGACGAUUAUGUCUCUUGUGGUUUGUAUUAUCGUUCCGCUUCACUAAAAUUGAGUGGAGUACUAUUUUUUGCCAAUAAGUAUUUGAGUGUUACCAGUUAUUUGUUUUCAAGGUUUUUAUCUGUGAAUUUAAUGAUCUUUUUAAUGAGAGUUACAGUCGGGAUGUCAUUACUUAAUUUUGCAUUGAAUAUUAUUUUAGUAACUGUAACUAUCGCCUUUGGAAUAUGUCAAUCAUGUCAAUGAUGAAUUUAACUAUCAAUGAUAGUGACAUAUUAAUUUUCAAUGAGAUAGGGGAAUCCACCGAGCGGCACAACAUGAAUUAUUUCAGUGCUGUUGAUAAUUUUAUGUUAAUUACGAAUUAUAGCACUGAAUUACUGUAUUAAUAAGUAGAAUCACUGAAGACAGCACCCAACACUCAUUAUGAGAGCUAGACAUCACAGUAGAUGGAAAUGAUUUUUAGAAAAAUGAAGGAUAUUUAUGGAUUUCUCCAACAAUUGGUCCGCAUUUCUCCGUUAACUGUUGUUUUUGUAUAAAAAUAGUUUAAAGUUAUUGAGACGAGUGUAAAAAAUCCGGGGGAAAAUUUUUAAUCGUUAACAGUAAGUUAUUCACAAUUAUGAGAAUGGGGAAUUAUCGGGGAGAAUUAUACAUCAAUAUAAUAUAUCGUAAACGGGAAAUCUAUGCAGAAUAAAUCGAUAAUUGAAAGACAGCAGAAUUUUCUUUUGGAUUUUUCGUCGGAUUUUUCUUUCGUAAAAAUAGAAACAAUAUCAACUUUUUCAGAUGUCACAUUUGUGAGAUUAAAACAAUUUGAACUUCUGGAAAAAAUCUGAGAAAUGAAAAAUGAAAAAUUGCAUAUAGUAGAUUCAUUGUACAAAUAAUCGAUGAAAAAGUGCCUUAAUUUAAAUGCCCAUAGGAAAAUUAUGUAUAUACUGUGACAGAUUUUCCUUUUGCCUAAUCAUAUUCACGAUUGAGUAUCAUCGCGUACAUAUGCCAAUUAAUUAUAAAAUGUCGUAGUUUCUAAGAUAAUCGAAGAUCAGUAUAACUACGAAUCCAAUGAAUUAUUCAUUUUUCUAAUUAAAAUUGUUGCUCAGAUGUUUCACAGCGUCUCCAAUUACCGUUAAUUCAUUUUCUCGAUAAUGUACGUUCAAAUUUGUUAAUAUACACCAGUAGAAGUGAAAUCCUGACUAAUUAAAGAAUAUUGUGAACAAUA